AGUACAGUGCAUCGCUAUAAUUCAUUAAUACAUCAUAAAUCGUGAAGCACAGGGUUAUAACGACCACGAUCCACAAAUCAAGCCCUCCAAAAUCACCCAAAUGAGCUCGUACUUUGUAAACUCCUUCUCGGGGCGUUAUCCAAAUGGCCCGGACUAUCAGUUGCUAAAUUAUGGCAGCGGCAGCUCUCUGAGCGGCUCUUACAGGGAUCCCGCUGCCAUGCACACCGGCUCUUACGGCUACAAUUACAAUGGGAUGGAUCUCAGCGUCAACCGCUCCUCGGCCUCCUCCAGCCACUUUGGGGCGGUGGGCGAGAGCUCGCGCGCCUUCCCCGCGUCCGCCCAGGAGCCCCGCUUCAGGCAGGCGACGUCCAGCUGCUCCCUGUCCUCGCCCGAGUCCCUGCCCUGCACUAACGGCGACAGCCACGGCGCCAAGCCCUCUGCUUCGUCCCCCUCCGACCAGGCGACCCCAGCCAGCUCCAGCGCCAAUUACACCGAAAUAGACGAGGCCAGCGCGUCCUCUGAGCCUGAGGAAGCGGCGAGCCAGCUAAGCAGCCCGAGCCUGGCUCGGGCACAGCCAGAGCCCAUGGCCACCUCUACAGCCGCGCCCGAGGGGCAGACUCCACAGAUAUUCCCCUGGAUGAGGAAGCUUCACAUCAGCCACGAUAUGACUGGGCCAGACGGGAAAAGGGCCCGGACCGCGUAUACUCGCUACCAGACCCUGGAGCUGGAGAAGGAAUUCCACUUCAAUCGCUACCUGACCCGGCGGCGACGUAUCGAGAUUGCCCACGCGCUUUGCCUGUCCGAGCGUCAGAUCAAAAUCUGGUUCCAGAACCGUCGUAUGAAGUGGAAGAAGGACAACAAACUGAAAAGUAUGAGCCUUGCUACAGCCGGCAGCGCCUUCCAGCCCUGAGCCGAUCCAGAGGAGCCCUGGGCGGCCCAAGAGCCCGCACCACCCCGAGCCCGACCCUUCCAAUCUUCCCUGCACUGCCGCUGCCCGCUGGGGACCAGGUCCCAUGAGCCUGUCACACCCGAGUUCCGUGUUACAAUUUUUCGUUUGGUCUUAGGUCCUCCUAUGGCUCCCUCUCUCCUGGACUGGUUAUCUUGUUAUUAUUGUUAAUAAUAAUAAUUAUUAUUAUUUCCCCUCCGUGCUCCCCACUUCUCUUGGCUCGCCCCCAAGUUGCCAGUGUUUCUGAAUGUCCUCCUGUCUGUGGUUGCGCCCCUUUCCCCAGGAAAAAGAAAAGAAAAAGAAAUUUGCAUGUUUAAUGUGACUUCCCCUCCCAGUCUGUGUUCUAACUUAUUUAUAAAAGGAUAAUGGCUGUGUAUUUUGAGUUUCUGCUGGAAACUUCCAUAAGGGGCAGCAGCUGAGGUUGGGUAGUGCUGGGCCCAGCUGAGCUGGCCUGGGAAAUGGAGUCCACCACUGUGUCUCUUUCCUCUCACCUCAUCCUUCUUCAGCCCCACCCUACCCCCACCCCCUAGGCUCAGGUAGCUUGUUCCUUGGGGUGGGGAGGCAGCUAGGGAAGGAUAAGAGUGUGGAUAUUGAGAGGAAAAGAGCAAGAGUUAAGGGCCUGCUGCCUGGUAGGCCCCACAAGGCCUAGUCUGGAAGUGUAUGGAAUCAGAAAUAAUCCUCAGUGUAAAAUGUCUUGUGGUUUUUCUCUGUGAAUCUGUGGGUCUGGCUAGAAGGCCCAAAACUUGUAAAUAUGGGGGUACUCUGGGUCAGGCCAAUUACUUCCUCUCUUACCCAUUUCGCUUCUAAGACCAUUUGUAGUGAGCGAGUGGAUACAGUGUGAAAUCUGUCUUUGCCAGGCCUGUCUCAGUGAUUAGCUUUUGGUAUGUCUGUAGCUUUCCUUGAAGUCGA